AAAACGUAAGUUAUUUUUGUGGAUGUAAUGCCCCCCAGACGGGAAGUCGAUGUGCAGUUAAGCAAGAAGUUAUCCUGGUUGCUGCGGCACGGUGCAAAAACAGAGGGAAUUCCAAUUCGCGAAGAUGGUUUUGUUAGUGUCUCCGAUCUGCAGGAGCACCCGCGAUACAGAUCUCUUACCUUAGAAAAACUGCAGGAAAUUACAUCUGCGGAUGCCAAGCAACGAUAUACCCUUCGCUGGAAUCCAGAUCGUGGGGUCCAUGAGAUUCGCGCCAAUCAGGGGCACUCGCUGGCGGUGGUUGAGAGCGAGACUGGCGGUCUGGAGAGGAUCACUCAAUUGGAACAGAUUCCCCUGGCUGUCCAUGGCACCUACCGACGUCAUUGGGAAGCGAUAAGGACCCAAGGUCUAAAUAGAAUGAAGCGCAACCAUGUGCACUUCGCUAGCAGCGAUAAAACCAGUUGCGUCUUAAGUGGAUUCCGUAGUGAUUGCCAGAUUUUGAUAUAUCUAAAUGUAGAAAAGAUUCUAGCGGAUGGUAUACCCAUCUUUCGCUCCAGCAAUAAUGUAAUACUCUGCCCUGGAAUCAGUGGCCUCAUACCUAAAUCGUAUUUUCUACGUGUAGUGGACAGAAAAUCAGGGCAGGCACUCACUUACUGAUAAUUUUCUCUUAAAUAAACCU